AUGCCCGAAAUCAUUGACCUCAUAUCUUCAGAUCCCCCUGUUCCAUCUAAGCCUCAGCCACCGAAAUCAAACCCGCCGGCCGAACUUCCGUCGCGGCGCCCAUCCCACAACCUCAAUCCGAUCUCAUCGGACUCAUUCGAUACAUCGCUGUUGAACUAUGACGAAAUAUUUGACCAGCCCGCCAAGAAGCGGAGAGUGAGCGACCGUGACACUUCAUCUUUACGAAAAAGCACAACGCCAAAUGAACCUCGAGCGCCGGUUUCUACAGCAGAGCCCUGGUUCUCAAUCUCCGACGAUGAUUUCGACUUGCCGCCGUUGAACACCGCAGUGCAGAAACAAGCAUCAAAGUCACGCAUUGAAGAGUCGGAUCCGAUUGUUCCUACGUCUUCGGCCCCGGGUCCUUCUCUACCAAAGCCCUCAUCGCGGAAGCCGAACCCUACAAGUCUGGAUAUUAUUACGCUUGAUGAUGACGAAAUUAAAGACGCCAUGAAGCACCCACUCUCGAGUUUCCGAGGACAUAGUGAUAUAGAUGAUUUCAGCGAUCCAUUUACGCUACCAGAAUUUUCUGAGCUAUUGAAAAAACCUUCCCGAGAUGCGACGACCUCAAAUCCUAUCUUCUCCGAGUCAACUGCUCGCCUAUUGUCUCGUCUUAGCGAGGAAGACAAAAAUAGCACGAACAGCUCAGGCUCCAAGGCAAAACCUGGUGCACGAAAAUCGAAAGGUGUCAGCUUGACAACUGCACUUGCGGAGUUCCUCUCCGAUGAAGACAUCGAUGAACCAAUAGCGCCCCGGAAGACAGCGAAGAAGACCAGCAAAGUCACUACCGCGGAUAAAGAAGCUAAAGCUAAAGCACGUGAAGAAGCCAAGCUUCAGCGAGAACAAGACCGCCAGCUUGAAAAAGAGCGCAAGCUGAAGCUUAAAGAGGAGAAAGCGAAAGAGAAACAACGGGCUGCCGAUAUCGCCAGUGUCAACAAGCUCAAAGUAAACAAAAAGGACUCCACCGCUGAGAUGAUUGUUGACAUGGCCACAACUCUCGAGGACAGCAGUGUCGGCACUCAGACUAUCGAGUUCAUGAAACGACUAGGAGUCCAGCAAACCUUCUUCGCAAGCGUGAUUCCCAAUGUGGUCAAAUGGCGCCGCAAAAUGAAUGCCACGUACAACAAUACUCUGCGUUACUGGGAGCCAUGUCCGUUUUUCGUCCAAAAUGAAAACCACGUGCUGUGUCUGGUACCAGCACAGGACUUUAUCAAAAUGGUGACGACGCCGCCAGAAGGAGAAGAGAGAGAAACGCUAGAAAUUCACGUUCUUCGAAUCAAAAGCGCCUACCCCGAUUGCAAACCCAUCUACCUGAUCGAAGGCCUCACUGCUCUUAUGCGCAAGAACACGAAUGCGCGUAACCGAGCCUUUCAAGCCGAAGUCCUACGCCAAAUGGCGGAAACCACCGCGCCAGAGGAACCCACCACGGGCCGCGGUAGAGGUCGAAAACCCAAGAAAAAGGCAGAUGAUGCGCCCCUCAUCGAUGACGAGACAGUCGAGGAUGCUCUGCUCGACCUACAGGUUACGCACUCCUGUCUCAUCCACCACACAACCACACCAUCCGACUCCGCCGAGUGGAUCAAGAACUUCACUGAGCAUAUAUCGACUGUGCCCUACCGCCGUGAGCGACAAGAGGCGCAUAAUGCAGCUUUCUGUAUGGAUACUGGACAGGUGAAAACUGGCGUAGACAAGCAGGAUACCUUCAUCAAGAUGAUUCAGGAAGUCAAUCGUGUGACUGCUCCUAUGGCUUAUGGAAUAGCAUGUCAGUAUCCUUGCGUCACGGAUUUGACUCGUGGAAUGCGGAUGCAUGGGGCUAUGAUGCUAGAGGAUAUUAAGGCAAGUCCCUUACAUAUUGACCUUGACUUUAAAUCGGCCAAUAAAAACGGUGCCCUGACGAGUGCCCGCAUUGGGCCUGCUGCUAGUAGGCGACUGUACAAGGUGUUCACUGGGCUCGACCCGAGCUCAACGGAUAUUUAG